UCCUCUGCCUAACCCUCCCCGUGGGUGUCGACUGGUAAUAGAGAGUUCUGAUUGCAGACUGUUCUAGCUAAGAAUUGGAGUUUGCUCUGAUUCAUCGGCGUGAGGUCUCUGGGGACAACAGAGGUAAUGAUGCACUAGGCUAUACCGACGGAUUCUUCAGGUCCUUAAGGGCUUCCCUUGUCGGAUUGGCUACUGCGGAGCAAAAAUUCUGUCCAACGGCCUUUACGGCCAAUAUGGCUUCAACGGCAACAACCUUGGCUAUACUGACACUGAUUGUAUGACUUUGAAUUGUCUGAAUUAUAAAUUGUCUGAACCCUGGGCUGACAGUCUCAGUAUUCUGUUACCUCAGUAUGUAGAGGUGAAACUCUGCAGAAAUGGCUUUCAGGCUAAUGCUGAGGCUGCCUCCGUCCCGUUAAAAUCGUGGCUGACCUCAGGAAGCGCUCAAUAUCCGUCGCCGUUUAGUUGGUGGUGUAGGUGAGGUUGAGCGAAGCUCCCUCUUAAUAUCUGCCUGGCUCUGAAUGUAUAUGCUCAUAAGGCUAUACAUCAACCUUCACAUGGACCUCACUGAUUCAAAGGGACCCAUGGGGCUUUUUAAAAGAUAACUACACGUCGGGUGGAGAUAGCGGACCUGAGUUGGGACCCAUCAAUAUGGAAAAUUUAAAUCUUAAUAAAAAACAAACAAAACUUUCUGCUACUGGAAGACCAGUAGCAACCCCAAGCAGAAGACUGCAAACCUCGAGUGGUACCUCCAACUCCACUUCCAAUGAACUUAAAAUCUCGUCGCAAAUACCUUCUGGAAGCAGAAAUACUGCAUCUACCAGUCGGUAUGUUGCCUCUUCUGUCACGGCCAAAAGCAGUGACAAGUCAGAAACCAAAUCCACAAGGAGAAUUCCACCCUCUAAAAAGGCCCAUAACGACCGCCGUAUGGCUACACGAAUUCUGCAGCGCGUAGGUGAGAUCCCGGCCGAUAAAAUCAGUCAGCAACAGGCCUCAUCCCUUGAAUGGGCCAAAAGCAUCUUGGCCAAAUCAAGCAAUAAAGAGGCUUCCAAACCGGACCAAGUGUCUAAAAGACAAAGGUCUCAGGAGGAAGAACCCCCUCUUACAAAAAAACCAAGAGGUUACAAUGUACUGGUACGACCGUACAGUGAGGUUGCGAAGGACAAUCUCAUUAUAGGUGUCCUGGAUAGGAGUGCCGAGGAGGGGAGAAUCCCCAAAGACAAAUGGAAAUGGGUGUCGGCCGCGCUGGCAGACAUCUUCCUCCAAGUUUUGGAAGAAAACCCAGGACCUGCUCCCUCCUGCGAAGACGCGGGUUGGCACCAAGGACAAGUGAAAUUGGUAGCUUGCAAGGAUGCGAGAUCGGUUGCCUUGUACAAGGCAGCUGUCUCUAAAGUAGGAGAGAUCUGGCCUGGAGCCAGACUUGAAGCGGUAGACAAGAAGGAUAUACCAUCUCGUCCUAGGGCCAGGGUUUGGAUUCCAACUAAACAAACUGACCCGGAGCAAAUUCUGAAAAUAAUCAGGAUCUGUAACCCCAACCUUCCAACUGGAAAUUGGAAGGUGGUAAAAUUAGAGGAGCCUGUUGGACCGACCAGACAAGCUGUCCUUGUAUUAAAUGCGGAGUCAUUGAAACCGCUCACCGAAGCUAAGUACGUAAUCUCCUAUGGCUUUGAGAAACUAAAUCUCAAGGUCUAUCGUACCGAUGCCACGGAAGAACCGGAGAAGAUUACGUCUGCUCAGCCCUUGCUGGAGGAACCAGCUAAAGAACCAAUGCUAAGACAGCAGAGUUGUGAGGAAACACAGAGUGAAGACCUGCCAGAUCAAAUGGAGGUGGACUCGCUCUCUCUGGUGUCUGAAGACAAAUCGGAUGCGGGGUCGGUGACCAGUCUGGGCAACCUAUUCGAUGAGAGUGGGCUCCUGGAUUCGGAUGACGAAGCCGAUAAAACGGUGGUAGAGGUUCAGGUACCUGAUGAAGGUGCUUCAAAUUAAUCUCCACCACUCUAAAGCUGCUUCAGCAAACCUUCUAAUCCACCUUGCACAGGGUGGAGCCGAUAUUGUUCUGAUUCAGGAACCAUGGAUACUGGAAAACCGGAUCUGUGGAAUCGGAACAAAUGACUAUAAACUUAUCAGCAACACAGACUCAGGUAGACCUAGAUCAUGUGUGUUAGUGAAAAAGUACAUUAAUUGUUUCCUUUUGAAUAAUUUUAGUGAUGACGACCAGACUGCAGUGAGUUUGGAAAUCGACGGCAAAACCGUAUGGGUGGUGUCAUCAUACAUGGCCCAUGACCAUAUAGGAAAUCCACCACCGGAAAUACUUAAGCAGCUCGUGAUAACAGCAGCAGAAAGAAUGACUGGUGUUGUGAUUGGAGCCGAUGCAAAUGCUCAUCACACAAUCUGGGGUAGCUCGGACAUAAAUGAAAGAGGUGAGUCGUUAUUCGAUUUUAUUCUAGAUUAUAAUCUUCAUAUAUGCAAUACAGGAGUGGAACCUACUUUUAUUAUUGCAGGUAGAAAAGAAGUUUUAGAUAUUACGUUAACUAUUGAAAACACAGAUCUUGAGAUUAAAGAUUGGAGAGUUCUUGAUGAACACUCAUUCUCUGACCAUCGUUAUAUUCAAUUCUAUAUAAAUCUACAAUGUCCAGUUGAGAAACCUUAUCGGAAUUACCGUAAUACCAACUGGAGUAGAUAUCGAACCAAUUUACUAAAUCUACUUCCUCUAUAUCCUAUUGAAGAAGUAGAGACUCCUCAAUCGCUAGAUAACGUUGUGGAAACCUUCACAAAAGCUUGCAACAUAGCCUUGGACCGUUCUUGCCCACUAAAAUCACAGAGGGGAAAGAAAAAGCCAUUGUGGUGGUCCGAGGAAAUAAGAGAUCUUAGGAAAUCAAGCAGAAACUUGUUUAACAAGGCCAAGAGAAGUAAUCUUAACACUGACUGGGACAUCUACAAAGUCAGUCUAAAAAUAUAUAAAAAUGAAAUAAAAAGAGCCAAAACACGCUCCUGGAAAGCCUUCUGUGAAAGCGUGGAGGGUUGUCAAGGAACAGCAAGGUUUAGGCGCAUUCUCUCGAAGAAACCCUCUAAUCUAGUCUACUUAAAAGACGAGGUCAAUGGGUGGACACAUAGCAGCGAAGAAUCGGCGGCAUUGUUACUGAAUAUACAUUUCCCAGAUAGUGACAUACCAAAUAACCUUGGAAUAAACCAGGGGUCUACAUGUGACUCAUCUGUGGUGAAUAAUAUUGUCACCAGAAGGAAAAUUAAGUGGGCUAUAGAUAGCUUUCUACCAUACAAAUCACCGGGCCUGGAUGGAAUUAUACCAGCCCAACUUCAUGAAGCAAGGGACAUCUCUUGCAAUUGGCUCACACCAAUCUUUAAAGGUUGUCUUACCUUGGGGCAUAUACCAGAGAAAUGGAAAUUGACAAAGGUCGUUUUUAUUCCUAAAGCUGGCAAAAGCUCCCAUAUUACGCCUAAAGAUUUUAGACCGAUUAGUCUAUCCUCUUUCCUCUUAAAAACUUUAGAAAGGCUUCUGGAGCAUUUCAUUAGGAAAGAGAUACCAGAUGAAAGGCUUUCAAAAUCACAACAUGCGUACUGUAAAGGAAGGUCUGUAGAGACCGCAUUAUCAUCUCUAACUGGGAUGAUUGAAAACUCAAUACAGCAUAAAGAAUACGCCCUUUGUGCCUUUCUUGAUGUGGAAGGGGCUUUCAACAACAUCCUUCCUCAAGUAAUCGUCAACUCAUUAAGAAAACUAGGAAUUGACAAUAGAGUAAUCGAAGUCAUUACCCAACUGCUGGUUGAUAGGACAAUCGUAGCGCAAUGGGGGGGAACGCUAGUAACUAAGAAAGUUAAUAGGGGGACUCCACAAGGAGGAGUACUUUCCCCCCUCUUAUGGCUAACUGCAGUUAAUGAUCUUCUUGUUGAUCUAGAUAGCGUAGGUUGUCAGGUGGUCGCGUACGCGGAUGAUCUUUCCUUGAUUGCAAGGGGAAAAUUUCUGAGUACAAUUAGUGAGGUAAUGCAGGGUAAUCUAAAUAAAGUAUCCCAAUGGGCCCAUUGUAGCGGAUUAUCAAUAAAUCCAACCAAAACAGAACUAGUGCUCUUUUCUAGGAAAUAUAAAAUUCCGGAAUUCACACUACCUAUCCUAGGAGGUCAAACUCUGACUCUGAAUGAUAAAGCCAAAUAUUUAGGUCUUAUAAUUGACAGAAAACUGAAUUGGGGACCAAAUGUUGUUGCACGUACCCAAAAAGCUAUGGUUGCCUUUUACUGUUGUAGAGGCGCUAUAGGCAAAAGAUGGGGACUCUCACCGAAGUCCAUUUUAUGGAUAUAUAAUGUGGUGGUAAAACCAAUUCUCUUGUAUGGAGUGUUAUUUUGGAGAAAUACUCUGAAUAGGUCAACACUAUGCAAGAAAUUGGAAAAGGUUCAAAGGACUGCACUGAUGACAUUAAGCGGAGCGUUAAAAUCAACGCCGUCACUUGCCCUGAAUGUUAUCUUCAAUAUCUUACCUAUCGACAUCGCGGCGAAAGGCGAGGUAGCUGGGGCAGCUUUACGUAUAAGAGAACUAGGAAUUGGAAGCAGUUGUGGAUGGAUGCAAGAUUCCAUCCUCAGAGAAAU